CCCGUGCUGCCCACCGCGGCCUGGCACUAACCGACGGCGGGAGACGCGUCCUCGAGGAUGGGCCCCUUCGGCCUCCCCGGCCUCGCCCUGGCCGCCGCGCUGCUGCUGCUCUUCCUGUGCCUGCGCGCCCGGCGCUCCAGAUGCGUGCAUGUUAAAGAUUUAGGGCUGGCUUUGAUGUACUUCUCAACGUAAUAACUGCCUGGGUUCCCUGUGGGCGUUGUGUGUGACGAGUGGCUUUCGUUCACACAGGGACGUUUUUGCGCUGUGUUACUGUGGGUUAGUGCUUCAUGGCCUAAAAUUCAAAUAGCAUUUCAGGAGGGGUUUUUCUUACCUUUCUUUCAGCAAAGGGGAGUGUUUUAGGAAAAUGCCUGAAGCGCAUGCAUGUCUGAACAGUAACUCUGGGUGCUGCCCAGAGGCUCAGUUUACCAGGCUGCACCUCAUCUGGAAAAAUGAAAUGGCGUCCUGGUGAACCUCCAUUGAUAAAAGGCUGGCUUCCUUACUUUGGAAUGACCAUGAAGUUCCAAAAAGAUCCUUUGGGUUUGAUAAGAACUCUGCAAAAACAGUAUGGUGACAUAUUCACUAUUCUUCUUGGGGGCAAAUACAUAACAUUUAUUCUAGACCCUUUCCAGUACCAGCUGCUGAAUAAAUAUCACAAAAAACUGAGUUUUCAAAGACUUACCCGAAAAUUAUCAGUGAGAGUAUUCUCUAUAAAGAUUCUGGAAAACUAUGAGGACCUCGACCAUGAACUUCACGGUGCCUAUCAAUUUUUGCAAGGCAAAUCAUUGGACAUAAUCCUGGAGGAUAUGUUACAAAAUAUAAAACAAACAUUUGAGUCCCAGCUAUUAAAAACCACAAAUUGGAACAAGACACAGAUGUUAACGUUUUGCUGCACAAUGGUAUUUGAGAUCACAUUUACAACAAUGUAUGGAAAAGUUCCUGAGGAUGACAGAAAAACAUUUAUCAGUGAGCUAAGAGAUAAUAUUUUAAAAUUUGAUGAUAAAUUCCCAUAUUUGAUGUCUGACAUACCUAUUGUGUUCCUACGAAAUGUCAAAUCUAUACGGGAGAAGCUUAUAAAGUGCAUGACCCCAGAAGAGUUAGCGAAGAUACCAGGAAGCUCAGAAGUUGUUCAGAAGAGGCAAGAUAUUCUGGAGAAAUACUAUGGACUCGAGGACCUUGACAUAGGUGCACAUCAUUUUGCCCUUCUCUGGGCCUCUAUCGCAAACAGUAUUCCAGUUAUGUUCUGGGCCAUGUAUUAUGUUCUUCGGCACCCAGAAGCUGCGGAAGCCCUGCGUGAUGAAAUUGACCAUUUGCUGCAGUCAACAGGUCAAAAAAAAGGGUCUGGAUUUUCCCUUCACCUCACCAGAGAACAAUUGGACAGCCUGGUCUGCCUAGAAAGCAUCAUUUUUGAGGCUCUUCGACUAUCCUCCUAUUCAAGCACUAUUCGUUUUGUUGAAGAGGACUUUAUUCUCAGUUCCGACACUGGUGACUGCAGCCUGCGAAAGGGAGACUUGGUAGCCAUCUUUCCUCCAGCCAUACAUGGCGACCCUGAAGUCUUCGAAGCUCCAGAGGAGUUUAGAUUUGAUCGUUUUAUGGAAGAUGGUAAGAAGAAAACCACUUUUUACAAAAGAGGAAAAAGGCUGAAAUUUUACUUAGUACCUUUUGGAUUUGGAGCCAACAAAUGUCCGGGCCGAUUCUUGGCAGUUAUGGAAAUUAAGCUAUUGUUGCUUGUAUUAUUAACUUACUUUGACUUAGAACUAGUUGAAAAUAAGUCCAUAAAACUAAACUACACACGAUUGUUUUUUGGUAUUCAGUAUCCAAACUCUGAUAUUUUAUUUAGGUAUAAAGUAAAAUCUUAGAGUCAAAUGGGAAGAAAAUGAAUCAGUCAAAUGAAUUCAAAAUGAAUCUAAAUGUUUUAAACUCCUUUAUUAGUUUUAAAUUUCUGCAACCAUAAUUGCUAUGUUCUUUUGUUUAAAAGAGUUCCCAGUUAAUAUUUUAUCUAAGAUCAGGUUCAAUUUGUACAAAGCCUAUCAUAAAAUAAAACAGGAUAGUGGCAUAAAAAUAGAUAUCAAAUCAACUUUGUGACAAUAAAUUAAAAAAACUUUGGGGAAGAUCUACUUGUCAUUUUGAACUGUUAUAGUAAAUUAUCUUCACAGAAAUAAAUUUGGUACUGUGGGAUUUUUAAAAGUCACUCAAAUUUUUCUCUCAUAUAUACAAAGUACAUUUUUUAUGUACUUUUGGAAAAUUGUGCUGAAAAUGGACAGAGUCUAACAAAGUCCAAAUCCUCAGAGGAGGAAAUUAAAUUUUCAUGAAGUACACUGGAUGAAAAUGUUCCCUUAAAGUAUAAUAUCAAUAAUAUCUGAAAUUGCCAGGGUAUGUUUGCAUUAAAUGAGUUUUGCAGUAGAUUAAACACUUCAGCUUAACUUCAGUAUUUAAUCAUCCAUACAUGCUCUGUAUUUCUUUGUAUACUAUUGCUCAAUAGAAUAAAAUUUUAUGUUAUAUAACACCUCUCAUGUUCAAGUCAGGUACUGAUAAGAUUAAUGUAUAAGAAAACAGAAAACCUAUUAUAUACUCAGUAAUUGCCCUUGACAUUAGUAUUAGGUUAAUUAUAGGAACAAAUGUUGAAACCAUUGAUUAUAGUAUUUUCCUUUAGUACAAAUAUGUGUCAUGCCAGUCUUGUAAUGAAUCCUUUGCUAAAUUCUUUUGUUAUAUAAAUUAAGAAACUAAAUAGUGAUAGUUCCUCUUGAAAUCUCACUUUUUGUUCUUGGAUUUAUUGAUAUAUUAUUUUUUAGUUAUACACUGUAUAAUGAAAUUUCUUAGAUUAAAAUUGACAAAGAUUGACAUUUAGCAUAAAUGUUGUUACAAUACACAAAUAGACAAGGCGGGUAAUUAAGCCUAGUUGAUUUGCUAGUUUUUUUAAUAAAUGGAUUUUAAAUUAGAGAUGACAAGGAACUAGAAUGUAGACCUUUAGAAAGCGGAAAGAGAAUCUGAGAGAGAAAAAACAGAAAUAAAGGAGGAAUAAAGGGAUUAAAAUGGUCACGAUAGAUUAGGUACAUGUGCCUCACCAUUCUACGUUAAUCACAUUCACUAAUAAAACAUUGAUUUUUGAAAGGGUAUUAAAGUACUUAUUCUUACUUACUGUAGUUAAGUACAAUUUUCCUUGCUGAAGUAUUUGCUUUCAAUGCUCCAUUAUUGAAGAUCUGCUUAUAAGAAUUCUGGUUUUGAUUAUUAAAAUUGCUUCACUUUCAUUCUCGUUAUUUUUACUUUUCAAAAUUUAUAAUCACAUAGGUUUAUGGGUUACAAAAUUAUGUUAAGGUUAUGAAUACAAUGUGUAGUAGUUGAAUUAAGCCAGAUAACCUAUCCAUCACAUCAAAUACUUAGCAUUUUUUGUCAUAAGAACAGGCAAAAUGUAUACUAUUAGCAAUUUUGCAAUAUACAAUAUUGUACUACUGUUAACAGUUACCAUGUUGUGCCACAGAAUUCAACUUUUUAAAAAAUAAAGUUCCUCCUUUUAACUGA